AUGUCUACAGCCGCGCAGCUUGCCAGGCGAAAGAUUGCGACGCCUAAAGGCAGGCUCAAUGCCAAUCGCCCUUCACAAAGCACUUCCUUGGGUUCUGGUAGCACGAAUACUUUCGGAAAACCCACCUCCCAACCGACCUUUUCUAACCUCAACGGCGGUAUCACUUUUGGCGGAAGCCAGUCCUUCCCUCAAGAUACCUCCAGUACCAACAGUGGUUUCAACUUCCAACCUCCGCAGUCGAGCACCUUCAACUUCGGCGCGCCAUCCUCCACCCCGAACCCCUUCGCGUCAGUGAAUGGUACAGGAGGUGGAAUGAACACCCAACAACAGGACGUCUCUAUGGAGUCGCCUCAAAAGAAGCCUGCGUUUGGGACCGCGUUUGGAUCAAAUAACACCAGCACAAGUAACAAUAUGGGGUCGGCAUUCACUUUUGGCCAGCCCGCGCAACAACAGGCAAAUGGAUCUUUCGCUUUCGGCACAGCCCAGAAUGGCACUGCAUCCACCGGCGGAGCUGGUGCAGGCUUAUUCGGUCGCGUCUCCAAGCCGGAGGAUUCGCAAACAUCAAGCAACCCGUUCGGCCAGCCUUCAAAUACUCAACCUACGUUUGGUGGGUUUGGUCAGGCGGCUUCCACACCACAGAGUGCACCAUCAUCAUUCACAUUCGGCCAGAAUACAAGCACUGCCGCUGUCUCGACCUCUGCACCAAGCUUCGGUUUUGGCCAGAGCACCACGGUCCCUCAGAGUCCUCUUCCCGCUUUUGGAGGCGGGCAAGGAAAUGGAACCCAUGCGACCACGGAGCCACCGAAGUUCGCGUUUGGCCAGACUCCUACCACUCUUCAAGGGCAAGCCUCGGGCACCACUUUUACCGGCUCUGGCUCAGCUACCACAAGCAGCAGCAAUAUUUUCGGCGCUGGAAACAACGCCAACGGCCAGGCUCCAAAAACGGCAUUUGCAUCCUCAACCACCUCACCGCCGUUUUCUUUUGGACAAAAUCAACCUGCGCCAACUCAGAGCAAUCCUUUCGGUGGCUUUGGUGUACCCAAGAGCGCUGAGCCCAACUCCACAACUUCAUCGUUUGGCAAUUCCGCAAGCAUCCAACAACCUGCAGCCGAGCCUGAGCAGCGAAGCGCGUCGCCAACAAAAUCCUUUGCGCCCACGUCGUCUGACUCAAGUGCAAAAGCUCCCUCCAAUCCUUUCUCUAAUUUAUUUGCUGGUUCUGAUACUCCGCCAAUCGCCCCGGUAUCGAAGCCGUCGUUCGGCUUCGGCGCAACAAGCCAACCAGCAGAAACCUCCAGUACGACCACAGCGUCCUCAGAAUCACCAGCCCCAAAGGCAACAUUCACCUUUGGCGCCACAACCCCCGCACCGCCUUCAUCCGAGUCCAGUGCUACCACGCAAACUACUCCCGGACCAAAGCCAUCAUUCGGUUUCGGUUCCACCAGCCAAACAUCAUCAGCAUCAAAUUCCGGAGAGGCGGAUUUUGCUCCAGCUACGAAGUCGCCGUUUUCUAUAGGUGCAACGGGUCAACAGUCAGCACAGUCGGCCGGCGCUUCAGAAGGGAAGGCGUCCGAGACGAAUUCCUCCAGCGUUUUCUUUGGAUCCAAGUCUGAAAGCUCCACUGAUCAUGUUGAAGCCCAGAAUGCCUCAACUGCUGGCCAGUCAGUGGGACAAGCUGACCAGAAUAACGCUCAGUUCGAAGGCACCAGCAGUUCAGCUAGACCGGCGUUAUUCGGUUUCCCGGCACAAUCCAAGCCUGCUUCAAGCGGUGGUUUGUUUUCCCCCGUCAAGGAUGCCGCCGCCGGCGUCGGCAACCAACAGCAAGGUUCUGCGUCGAAUCUUUUCUCAACAGUACCGAAAACUGGUCCGACCUCGAGUAACAAACGUACCGAGCCUGCCGCUACUCAAGCAUCGAGCACUCCCACUCUAUUUGGGAUCGGAAAGCAGUCAGAGACCCAGGACGCUCUGACUGCACAAAAGGCUACGCCGAGCAAGCCAUCGAACGAAACGCCAAAGCUGUUCCAAUCGAGCUCAAACAAUCAGUCUCAGGUUACCGGUCAUGGCCUUGAUCAGUCCGCUUCUGCAGCUUCAGAGCCUGUGAAACGUCCUGUCUAUACCAAAGCGCCGCCUUUCAUCCCCAGCCAUUUGGAUGCUGAGCGCUAUCGAGAGUACGAUCGCAACUACCGUCUGCACUCGUUGAAUGCCGGACUUAAAAGAAAGCUCGAGGAUUUAGACCCUCGUUCUUAUGACUUCGACAACAUCAUCCGGCACUAUGUUGCGGCUCGUGACAGCAUCGGCGCUUCUUUGGGGUUGUACACGCGGAACGUCGCAGGUACGAAGCGCAAAGGUGACCGUCUCGAUGUUGAUGACGAGGAACCUUUGCAGAACAAGCGGACACGCUCAAACAAUGAUCAACAAGGUCCCUCAAAGUCUCAGCCUACGCCUGUUUUUGGUGCCGGGAUUACGCCUCAAAAAUCGGCUUUUGGCCCUUCCUCUACCUCUAAUACUGCUUCUCAGGAUGCAGGCUCAUCAAACACGACUGCGCGACUUGGUGGGAUGAUUCCUGAAGCAGACCCAAGUUCUGCCGCCGAGCGCCCUCAACCAGACGGCCAAACCCUCAACCCUUUCUCCCUGCCACCUCGGUCUACAACGCCACCACCUUCGACCACUCCGACAAACUCGCCUCCGAAGAAGCCAACUUUUGAAGUUCCGAAGUUUGGGGGAGGUAACAACAACUUUAUGAACGCCUUUGGACAGAAGGCAAAAGAAAAUGCGGAGAAAUUCGAGCAGAGUCUGAUUGAGAAGCGGAAAGCCGAAGAUUUUGAUUCUGAUGAAGAUGACGAAGAGACGUUUCGCAAACAGGCUGAAGAGGAGAUGCGUGCAAAGAGGGCGAAGAUUGAGGCGGUUUCAAAGGGCGGGUUCACUCCAAACUUCGGAGUUAGAGACACAUCAGCAUCGACACCUCUGCCGUUUGGAGCUGAGAACAAGUCGCCGUCGAAGCCAUCGUUCGACUUUGGGUCAAUGUCCGGAGGCGCGCAGAAGCCAGAGUCUAGUAAGUCUGGCUUCUCGGGUUUCACCAAAACUGCAUCUGCCAAUCCUUUUGCCGCAUUCAACUAUGCAGAGACAAGUGGUGAUCAUUCUCAACAAGGAGAUGAUGAAGAAGACGAGGAUAGCGAUGACUCCAACAAAUCCACUAAGUAUGGAGAUGAAGGAGGUGACGAAGACGGCUCGGAGAGCAGCAAUGGCAGCGAGGAACAGGGCGAAUCUGAUCACCAAAAUGGCGAGAAUAUUGAGGACACUGAUGAAGACGAAGAUGGCGACGAUAAUGACUUUCAAGCGGCCUUAGACCGAUCUCGAAGGAACGCGAACGCCGGCAAAAGCUUAUUCGACCGCAUCGAGCCCAAUCCCAGCAAACCGGCCGACACGAUUACCAACGGAGAACAGAAAGAGUCAGCCGCCGAUUCCAACCCCAUCUUGCAGUCAGCUAAAAAUUCUUCGUUUCCGCCUGCUGUUUGGGGUUCGCAUAUUGGCAAAUCCACCCCAGAGGCCCCUACUUUCUCACCAAUCACACCAGCCACGGGAGCUGCGACGUCAGCAUUCAAGCCUCCCAAGGCUUCAUUCAAUUUCACCCCUACUGCACCGAACACCACAUCUACUCCCACACCGGGUGCUUCCAUCUUUGCUGGCGGACUGACCAAAGGUGGGCCGGUUCCUGGGGAGGGUCUUUUUGGUUCAAGGCCCAGCACACCUAGCAAUGCAGAGAAGAACGGCAGUCUGGCCAAGUCAAUUCUCACAUCGCCCGCUGGAACCGACAACACCUGGAAAGCAGGUGCCCCCAUUUCAUUUGCGAACGGCGAGAAGAACCAAACUGCUCCAACAUUUCAAUUUACGGCUGCAUCUCCUGGCGACAAAGAUUCCUCUGCACCGAAGCCGUUUGGUUCACUAUUCGGUACCGCUUCCACCGAACCCAAAGCUACCGAGACACCCAACCAAGUAGGGUUUCAGUUUGGGGUUCCAGCCUCGAACCCGGCCCCGGGUUUCCUGGGCGCCAUCUCACAUCUAGGAGGAGGAUCUGUGACUAGCUCAGCAGGUUCAUCCCGUGCUACCUCGCCUGGUGUGACCGAUAACGAGUCGGUUGCAACCAAUGAAACUGAUGAGACACCCGAGGACCCCCAAGCCACAUCAUUGAUGGAGUCGCGAGCCGGCGAAGAGAAUGAAAGUUGCAUUUGGGAGGGCCGAUCAAAGGCUCUGAUGUUUGUCAAUCCAGAAACGGCGCAAGGCACAAAGUUGAAGGUCAACGACUGGAACUCAAUGGGCGUGGGCCAAAUGCGAGUCCUGAAGAACAAGGACACCGGCAAGACUCGUGUGGUCUUUCGAGUGGAGCCUAACGCUAACAUCCUUAUCAACUCCCACCUCAUUGAAGGCGUCACAUACGAGAAGGCCGAAUCCAGCAAAAGCGGCGCUGUCAAAGGUGCUCUUAUUUACAAGGGCAAUCUGGUCCGCUGGGUCUUCAAAGUCAAGACUCCAGAAAUGGCUGCAGAUCUCGCCAAGUCUAUGGAAGAGAACAAGAACGCGGGUGCGUAA